CUGAGCAUACCUGGGAACCAGGCGUGGGCAAGACAGGAGAGUGGUGUGGCGUGUGUAUAUAAGGAGCCUGGCACUCUGCAACACACCUGUGUACACCUGGGGACAGAUCACACCUGUAUCCACCUGAGGAAAGAUCACACUACGACAGUGGGUUUCAUUCAUCACCAUGGCUACAUUGUGGUUCCUGUUUGCAAUGCUCUGCAUUACAACUGCAGAGCCUCUAGUAGAACACACAAAGGAGCAGGCAGAUCUACAGUCUGGAAACCAAGAAGCGAGCUCGGUCCUCUGUCCUGUUGGUUGGUUUAAUCACGGCUCACGCUGCUUCCUCUACGUUGACAACCCCCUGGGCUGGAACGACGCAGCGGAUCACUGCAAGAAGAUGGGCGCAGACCUGGCCUCCAUCCACAACCCCACAGAGAACAACUUCAUGCAGCUACUGGUCCAGUUGGGGAACAACGACGCGUGGAUAGGAGCCUACUACCUGCAGACUAAAUGGAGAUGGAUCGAUGGUGAAGGGUUGUACUACAGCGACUGGAUCGGCAUGUCUUCAGCCUCCAGCAACCCCUGUGCCUACCUACGCAAGAACAACGGUUGGGGCAACUCUGUCUGUAGCACCAAUCGGAGAUUCAUCUGCAGUACAAAACCUGGCAACUGCUAGCUAUCUGGCUAACAUGUCCAAAGCUUGCUGAUGGGUAUCCCUAUUUGGGUUCAAGGCUUUGGAUCUUUUUCCUGUUGUACUUGCAUGUUUAUUAUGGACUUAAAUAAUAAUAUUAAUACGUUUAUAAUUAUACGUUUAUUUUAUAAAGCACAUUUCUCACACUCAAGGUCGCUUUACAGUCUCAUGAGCACACAGAGAACAAGACAGCAACACAACACAGAUAAAAAAAAAUAUAUAUAUGUACAGGACUUCUCUGAAAAUUAGAAUAUUGAGAUAAAGUCCUUUAUUUUCUGUAAUGCAACUAAAAACAUGAAAAUGUCAUACAUUCUGGAUUCAUUACACAUCAACUGAAAUAUUGCAAGCCUUUUGUCGUUUUUAUAUUGCUGAUUAUGGCAUACAGCUUAAGAAAACUCAAAUAUCCUAUCUCAAAAUAUUAGAAUAUCAUGAAAAAGUAUAAUAGCAGGCUAUUUAACUAAUCACUUGAAUCGUCUAAUUAAUCGAAACACCUGCAAGGGUUUCCCUGAGCCUUUAAAAACACUCAGCUUGGUUCAGUAAACUAAAUCACAAGUAUGGGGAAGACUGCUGACCUGACUGCUGUCCAGAGGACCAUCAUUGACACCCUCCAUCAGGAGGGUAAGACACAAAAAUAAUUUCCAAAAGAGCAGGCUGUUCACAGAGUGCAGUUUCAAAGCACAUUCACAAAAAGUCUGUUGGAAGGAGGAAAGUGGCAGGAAACGCUGCACAACCAAGAGAGAGGACCGCAGCCUUAAGCAUUGUGAAGAAGGUUCAAAGACAGUGGACUGAAGCUGGAGUCCAGGUAUCAAAAGCCACUGUUCACAGACGUGUCCGGGAAAUGGGCUACAAUAGCCGUAUUCCCAUGGUCAAGCCACUCCUGAACUCAAGACAACGGAAGAAGCGUCUGACUUGGGCUAUGGAAAAGAAGCACUGGACAGUUGCAGAGUGGUCCAGAGUCCUGUUUUCAGACGAAAGCAAGUUUUGUAUUUCAUUUGGAAGUCAAGGCGCUAGAGUCUGGAGGAAGGCUGGAGAGGAGCAAAAUCCAAGUUGCUUGAAAUCCAGUGUGAAGUUCCCACCGUCAGCAAUGGUUUGGGGAGCCAUGUCAGCUGCUGGUGUUGGUCCGCUGUGUUUCAUCAAGUCCAGAGUCAAUGCAGCUGUGUACCAAGAGAUCUUAGAGCACUACAUGCUUCCAUCUGUUGAAAAGCUCUAUGGAGAUGAUGAUUUCAUUUCCAGCAUGAUCUGGCACCUGCCCACAGUGCCAAAACCACCAGUAACUGGUGUACUGACCAUGGCAUUACUGUCCUCGAUUGGCCUGCCAACUCCCCUGACCUGAACCCCAUAGAGAAUUUGUGGGGUAUUGUGAAGAAGAAGCAGAGAGACACCAGACCCAAUAAUGCAAAUGAGCUAAAGGCCGCUAUUGAAGCAUCCUGGGCAUCCAUAACACCUCAGCAAUGCCACAGGCUGAUUGCCUCCAUGCCACGCCGCAUUGAUGCAGUAAUCCGUACAAAAGGAUUCCCAACCAAGUACUGAGUGCAUUAAUUGACAUUUUCAAAUGUUUGAUUUUGUUUUGCUGUUAUAAAUCUUUUUUUUUACUUGGUUUGAGGAAAUAUUCUAAUUUUUUGAGAUAGGAUUUUUGAGUUUUCUUAAGCUGUAUGCCAUAAUCAGCAAUAUUAAAAUAAUAAAAGGCUUGCAAUAUUUCA